UAACAGUCUUGAUAAGCGACAUCUCCACAACUGCACGCCUUUUGCCAGACGGCCUUGCCUCAGAGAGCUUUGCCUGAGAAAUCUCCUCCUGUAUUUUCAUUCUCCUUGGAGUUGUACGAUAUAGUUGCGCAUUAUGGAAGACUCGAACCCAGAAUUAGAGUCCUUUAGACAACAAUGGAAAGCUGAAGUGACCGCAAGGGUUUCGAACGCCGGAGGAGGGAGCAGACCCGCGCAAUCGUCGGCAGGCCCCUCGAAAGCAUCGCGCAGACCCCCUCCGGCCCCGCGAAUAGCAGAAGACAAGGCGUCGAAAGUGCCGGAUGAAGACGACGACCAUGUCCAACCUCAAGUCUUCAGCGGAUUGGACGCGUCGAGUGCCUUGGUGGCAGAAGAUGGAGAGGGUUUCAAGACGGCGAGCAGAGAGCCACGGUCUGCGUUGGAACACUAUGAAAAAGCGGUAGAGCGGGAAAGCCAAGGCAGUUUAGGGGACAGUCUUGAUCUCUACCGCAAAGCCUUCAAGCUCGACCACCGAGUCGAUUUACAAUACAAGAACAAGCACUUCCCGCCAUCCUACUUUGCUGCGAAAGCCGCCAACGCCAACCCUUCAAAUGCCUCUUCGACUGUGCCCAAUACUGCCCACCAUUCCCUAGACGGGCCCCCACCAACGAUAAAAGAACUCAUCGCAGGAUUCGCAGGGCUCUCAAUUGAACCUGCGCCCCCGGCCGUUGAAGGCGACCCCUCCCCGCCGUGUCCAUUGGCAAGCCUCCCAGAAGAGAUACUGGUUCACAUUUUCAGAGAAGUGGCGAUUGAAGAUGUGGCCUCCUUCGUGAGACUUGCACAAGUGUGCAAGCGCAUGGCAUACCUCGUAGCCACCGAGGAACAGAUCUGGAGACGGGUGUGUCUAGGUUCCGAAGUUGGGUUCGGAGCCAUGCACUACCAGUGGCAGCGAGAGAUCCUAGGCGGACCACUUGAGGAGGUGUUCCCAGAUCUCAAGGAGACGGAUGGAGAAGCCGCAGAGAUCCCCGAGAUGACUCUCCCGCUUCGAGAUACCAUCACGGAGGCCCUGCUGCACGGCGUCUACUCCUCGUCCUGGCAGCAGAUGUUCCGGCGCCGACCGCGCAUCCGCUUUAACGGCUGCUACAUCAGCACCAACAACUACAUCCGGCCCGGCCAGGCCUCGCCCUCGCAGGUGUCGUGGAACAGCCCCGUGCACAUCGUGACCUAUUACCGCUACCUGCGCUUCUUCCGCGACGGCACCGUCAUCAGCCUCCUAACGACGACCGAGCCCGUCGACGUCGUGCCGCACCUCACCAAAGAGCUGCUGGAAACCCACCAGGGCGGCGCAAACCCCCACCUCCCCUCUUCCGUCAUGCAGAACGCGCUGCGCGGCCGUUGGCACCUGACGCCCGCGCACCCCGACAAGGACCUCCGCGAGGCCGAGGGCGCCCUGUGCGUCGAGACCGAGGGCGUCGGCCCCAAGUACGUCUACCGCAUGGACCUGUCGCUGCGCAGCGCCGGCCGCGGCGCCCGCAACAACAAGCUGGUCUGGGCCGCCUUCUGGUUCCACAACCGCCUCACCGACGACUGGGCCGAGUUCUCGCGCAAAAACGAGAAGCCGCUGUACUGGAGUCGUGUAAAGAGUUAUGGGAAUGGCGCUUGACGCCUGGCUGGAUGAAUUGAAAUGGAAUGAAAUGGAUGGCUGAAAUGAAUUGAAAUGCUUGUAGACUAGACUAGAUUUUUGGAUAGGUAGGAAGAAAAUCAUCCUACCGCUUAGCUCACAUCAGAUGAGAGCGCGCGCGGAAACGUUGGAACAUGAACAUUAUUUAUAGCAUUAAAAUCUAACCAGCUAGUAUCUUUGCCCC